GCACAUGAUCGUGCAUGGAGUCUGCGCGCAUUCGUCUUCUUGCAGUGUGCAUAUCGUGUUGCUUGAUAACUCUUACUGUUAUUUCUCGCUAGGGAGAGGGAGAGAAAGGUCUUGAGUGAAGUGUUUACUAAGUGUUUAAGAGAUAUAUGGUAAGAAGUUUGAGAUAUCCUGAACCAAAAUUUUCGUGCUGACUUUUGUAUCACAUGAUCGCUCCCGCUACGCAAGAGAGAUCCAAUGUAUAUAAUGUUCAACUGUGUUCAAGGAUGGCGGCAGGCUGGGUCGUGCAGGAUUCUGUGGGUGGCGAUGGCCAUCCUCGCCUCGGGCGUCGGGCGUAGUAGCCAACAGGACUAUAUCGACAGGGUCUUUGGCAGCUUCCAAGACGUCCCCCUGGUCCUCCGAGCGCUCACUGGAUCCCUGCUCGGGCCUCCUGCCCCUCCGUCCUCCACAGCCCAGGACAGGAGAGACCACUCAGCCGCUCCUGCGACCCCAGACAGCACCUCCGAGAUUCCCGCGACGUACUGCGUGCAGGAGCUCGGAUGUCUGCUGACGGGGCCCGGGUUCCGCCAUCCCAAGCGCCGCCCGAUCAACCUGCCGCCGGACCCCCGUCACUUCAUCAACGUGGCUUUCAACGUCUUCACGAGGGAGAACAUCAAGGGCGUCAGGAUCCCGGCGAAGGAAAUGCCUCUUAUCUUGAAGAGUUCUUUCGAUCCGUUGAAGAGGACUAAAAUCAUUGUUCAUGGAUAUUUAAAUGGCCGAGAUAUGCCUUAUCUACUGGAAUUAGCCUCCGCUUUCUUGUAUACGGAAGAUGUGAACGUGAUUUACGUGGACUGGACAGAGGGUGCCAUACGCCUGUACAACAGAGCGGUUGCCAAUGCUCGUGUCGUUGGCUUAGAGAUAGCACACCUGGUCACCUGGCUUGGCAGGAACGCCGGCCUCCAAGCCAAGGACGUUCACCUGAUCGGUCACUCUCUCGGCGCGCAUGUGUGUGGUUACGCGGGAGAGCGAGUGCCAGGCCUUGGCAGGAUCACCGGCCUGGAUCCCGCCAAGCCGCUGUUCGAGCAGAUGCCGCCCGAGGUUCGCCUGGACCCUUCGGACGCCCUCCUGGUCGACGCCAUCCACACCGACGCCCACCCGCUCUUCUUCCUGGGCCAAGGCUACGGCAUCACCCAUCCCGUCGGGCACCUCGACUUCUACCCGAAUGGCGGCGAGUACCAGCCGGGAUGCACGCCCGCUCUCGUCGCCCCCGUCAAGUGGCUGCUCUCGGGGGCCCGCCCGUCCACAGCCAAAGACGCAGUGACCGACGCCCUGGGAUGCAACCACGUCUUCGCCGUGAAGGUCUUUACCAACUCCAUCAUUUCCUCGUGCCCUUUCACUGCCUUCCGCUGCCCUUCGUAUAGGGACUACGAGCAGGGCAGGUGCUUUAGCUGCGGCCCCGAUGGCACGGGCUGUGCGUCCCUCGGUGUUCACGCGGACAAGUGGCGAGGAGAACAGACAGGCGUCGCUCUCUAUCUGAAAACUUUCCCUGAACCCUAUUUAUGCCUUUUCCACCAUCUGCUGCGCGUGGAGUUCGGCCGAAGGGAGGACGCGACGCGCUCCCUCCAAGGCCGCCUGAAUGCCACGCUCGCCGCUCAGGGGGGACGCACUGUGACCUUUGACCUAACUUCAAGAAUAAUGCAGCUCCAGUCUACUGAUACGAGCUUAACCUUCAUGCUGGAAGAUCACCAGGAUCUGAGCGCGGCCAAGGAGGCCUUAGUGACCUGGAACGCUGGCUGGUGUGGACGCGCCUGUGAAGAUAGCGUUACGAUAACAAAGGUCACUGUGCAGAACGUAGAGAAGAGUGGUCAGCGGAGACAGCUUGGGCGAUCUGCACAAGAGGGUUGUCAGCGGCCAGCCGACACCGCCACUACAUUGCCCAACGGAGGCACAGUCAAAGUGCCGCUGUCACAAGAGUGCCAAAUAGUAUGAAGAGUAUUAAUGAAGACUUUAACCCUUCUUUCUAACUAGCAGAUUUUUUAAAGCGGGUGUAAGGAAUCAUCUCCAAAGAGCCUGGGUAUUGGCUGACAAUAAUAUAACGUUGACAUUAGGUGAAGAUAUAGUAUAGACAAUAGCUAGUCAAAGAUUGCGGCGACAGCGGUUACUAAAUCAGGGCAUUGGCUCAGGGUCACUCUACCUGUAAAACCAUAUCAAAGGAAAUCCAGGUCAAAGGUCGAAUCAUAGGCAUAUUAAAUCUAGGCAUAAUGGCUCAAGGGACAGACCAUAUAUACGGUGUGGCUCAGUUUCCAUUACGGGAAAUGAUGCGAAGGCGACGCUUGAACUCAGACUUCAGCGUCGAUUAAAGUGAUCAAUAUUUACUUUUAAAUCAUGCGAUAAAGAAAAUAUACAUAGAUGUGCAAUGGAAGUCAUAGUUUUGCCAAAUUUAACUAAGUUGCAAAUAUUGUUAUGGUUAUUAAAGAAAUCACACACAUUUUAAACCGAAGUCUGGACUUGAUCAUCGCAUCCACAUCCUUUGCCGUGAUGGCGGUAACUUUAAGCUUAGAGUUGACCUUAGCCUUAGUCUUAAUUCAGGUCAGCUUAAUAAGCCUUGAUUCAAAUCAUGAUGACAUUUAAACCUAGGUCACUGUUUUAUAUCGCAAUGACAGUUAGUUUAAGUCAUCAGAGAGAUAGAUUAAACUCCUAGUAACAUGUAGCCUAGAUUAUUACAGUGGCAUUAAAUCAAAGACAUCAGUUUUGACAUAUAUCUUUUAGUGAGUGGAUGAGCAUGCACAAGGUCUCAAUAAGUGGUUGUUUAGACCUCGAUCAUGUGCAACGCUAAAAUCAAAACGGGGAUUUAAAAAAGACUCAUGUUGGCAUUAGAAUAGCGUAAGAUAUUUUUAAGGUAUCCUAGCCUGAUUCUCAUUUUUAUCAUCUCUUUUAUCAUCUUUGCUCACAUCACAUAUCAUACUUAUCAACAAAUACAAGACCGAAAUUGCAAGCAUUGCAUGAACAACUGUUAUCAUCCUAUUCAUCUCAUCUGCCAUCAUACUGAGAAAUCUUUUUUUUUUUCAUUAAUCAGGAAAGUACAUUGUCAAAUGUUUCAGCGAUCUUUUCAUCUUUUUGUAUGUUGUAUUUUGAGAAGAUAAGUUGUAGAGACAAAAAAAAAUUAUAGUCUCUU